CCAUGGUCAGCCCUCAGCUACACUAAGGUGAUGGUGUCUGUGUUGAUGCUGGUGACGGUGGGUGUGGAGGUGGUGUGGUCGUGGGUUGAGAGACGCCUGGUCCUGGUCCCUGCAGACUACCUGGCCUCUGUCGCCCUCCUUCUUACACAGGGUCUUCAAGUGACACUUGUGGUAGUGGGAAGGAAACAUGGCGAGCGAAACAGCGUUGUACUAUUUUUGUUCUGGUUGUUGAUGGUAAUGUGUGGACUACCACGGCUCUACACUACUAUCACCUACACUGUGAAUGGGGAUCCCAGAGUACCAGCUACUUUGAUAGCAACAUUCAUGGUGCAGUACCUCUGCAGUGUUGCAAUGUUUGUCACCAACUGCAUCUCAGACGUUCCGUCACAGCUCCAGUCUCUCUCUCUCACUCGGAAUUCAAGUCCAAUGUUGAAUGCCUCACUGCUAAGUCGUCUAUUUUUCUUUUGGAGUGCUUCCCUCAUACAACAUGGUUGGCGGCACCCUCUUACCUUGCAGGACCUGUGGGAUGUGAUUCCUGGCUAUACUGCUACUUCUGCCUAUCACACUUGGCAAGGCUCUUUAAACAGAGAAAGAGGAGGAGGAGAUGAUGGAAGAGAAGGAGGAAGAGGAGGAUCAGCAUCCAUUCACUCAGAGAAGACAAAGCCUAGUGUAAACACCAAGAACAUGAAGAACAAGGGAAAUGUGGCCAUAACAGCAUCACCUAGGACCAGCCAGGUGUCUGUGCUCAGUGGAGUGUGUGCCAUAGCCAAGUGGCCAUUUCUCGUGUCACUGUUCCUUCAUAUUGUGGCAGAGACCUUUAACUUCCUCACACCACAGCUUCUCAGUUGCCUGAUUGGCUUCAUCACCAACAACACAGAGCCAGCAUGGCAUGGUUAUGUGUAUGCCGUGGCACUCCUCUUCACCUGUGAGCUGACAAGUCUCUUCAAGAACAUGUACUUCAAUAUUGCCCUCAACAUCUCUAUUAAGCUAAGAUCAGCACUCAUGACUGCUGUCUAUAGCAAGGCACUCCGGCUGUCCGGAUCAGCCCGGAGGGAAUCAACAUUGGGCCAGAUUGUAAAUCUGAUGGCAGUGGAUGCCCAGACUGUUGGGGACACAUUCCUCCACAUAUAUGCCAUGAUAAUGGCACCUCUCACCAUUCUCGUCUCCCUCUCCUUUCUCUGGGGCCGUCUUGGUCCAUCAGUACUGGCAGGAGUGGUUGUCUUGCUGCUCAUCAUCCCCAUUAACAGCGUGCUGGUCAAUAAGUCAAAAAAAAUUCAAGCUAAGGCCAUGUCUUUUAAAGACAAAAGAGUCAAGAUGGCCAGUGAGAUUGUCAGUGGCAUCAAGGUGCUGAAGCUCUAUGCAUGGGAGACCUCCUUUGCCAGUAUGGUCGAGGAGGUGAGAGAUAAAGAGAUCUCACUACUCAAGAAGCUGGCCUUCUUGCAAAUCAUCAACUCAUUCGUUUUCAACUUCACCCCGUAUAUGGUGGCUCUUGCCAGCUUUUCCACUUAUCUUCUGGUAUCAGAGGACAAUGUACUAAACGCUGAGAAGGCCUUUGUCUCCUUGGCCCUCUUAAACUUGAUGCGCAUACCAAUCAUACAGAUGCCAACAGUAAUUUCCCAGCUCAUACAGGCAAGCGUGGCUGUGACAAGGUUGCAGAAGUAUCUGAAUGCAUCAGAGUUGGAUCCUAUGGCUGUGUGCUCUGAACCUUCAAUGCCCAGUGCUCUGAAAGUGAUUGAUGGUCAGUUCAGUUGGGAGGGAGAGAAUGGAGAGGCCAGCUGGUCUCUGAAACAUGUGGAACUGGAGGUGCAAGUGGGGCAGCUGGUAGCAGUGGUGGGACCUGUUGGGGCUGGCAAGAGCUCCCUACUUUCUGCUAUGUUGGGAGAAAUGAAAAAAAAUGCUGGCAGAGUUGUCGUUAAUGGAACAGUGGCGUACGUGUCACAGCAGGCAUGGUUACAAAAUGCUUCUCUUAGAGACAAUAUCAUCUGGGGUCAGCCCUUUGAGUUAAAGCGAUACAGGCAGGUGGUGAAGGCAUGUGGUCUUCAACCUGACAUUGACAUGCUGCCAGCUGGGGAUUUGACAGAGAUUGGCGAGAAGGGAAUUAAUGUUAGUGGGGGCCAGAAGCAGCGAGUGGCUCUUGCAUGAGCAGUGUACAGUGAUGCCAGCAU